AUCAUACCUACAACUAGUCACAUAUGUAUGUAUAUAUAUAUUUGUACAUAGCAAUUGAAAUUUCUGCAGUCCGUUACUGCCCUCGGCUCAGUCGCAGACUCAUAGUUUACCAGCAAACGUCGUCACCUGACACGCUGUCUGGCCUGACACAAUAUCAACUUAUGUUAUAUAUAUACUUCACAUGUUUUGGGUUAUACCUUGUGUUUAAUAAUAAUAUAUAGCAGUAAAAAGUAAGUAGUGUGUCUGGUUUACGUAAUUGUCUGUACGCGGUAUUAAAAUACGUGUAUCAUUUUAUUUAAAAAUUAUUUCAUUGGACAACCGCAAAAAUAUGAUAUGAUAUGAUAUGAUAUGAGUAAAUGUAUAACUAUCAUUCAACACAAAUUCAUGUUUCUGUGUCAAUCGACAGCGACAACGCUUAUCUUCUCAUCACAUAUAAAAUGAUUGCUACAGUGUCUAUGUAAUUUAGUUUAAAGUCAUUAAGAUAAAAUUCAUUUGAGUAAAAUGACUUGAUAGCUCAACAGUAUUACGGCCUAAAUAUUUUAUGGGAACAACAACAAAUAAAACGUUGAAGACUUUUGCUAGCACGAGACUCUAUUUAUUGUCACAAGAUAAAUCAUGCGAAGGAAUUCUUGGAUUUAUGACAAACAAUAAUGUAUACCCAAGUUUUGUGUGUUUAAUAAUAAAUUUUAAAUACAUAUGUACAGAUAGAUAUAAGUAUUGUACGUCGUAUCGAAGAAUACUUGGGCGACAGGUAGCAAGUAGGGCGAUGAAAAGAGUAAAAAGUGCCAGAUAUAAACUGAGCUUCUUCAAGAGAAGAGUCAUUGUGCAACAAUUUGAUCUUUAUAUGUGUGAUUGUUAUCAUAAAUAAUUAGCGGAGACAAGAAAUAAUCAUACAUUUAAAGGAUACUCAGUUGUUACCGUCAGUCUUAAGACAUCUGUUUGUUUACGUUUCCGAGAUACAAUACGAGAAUAGAUAAAAAUAAUAAAACCAGUAUUACUACAUUUAUCAGACAAUUCAAAUGUAUUAUAUAUGUAUGUAUAUCAAAGGAAUAUAAUUUAUAAGUUUUAAAAAUAUAACGAUUAAAAUUUUACAAGCAUCGAUGAUUCAAGUUACCUUGCAGAGUAAAUUGAUUGAUAGAUAUCAAGUCACGUGUGCGUGCUGAGUGUAAUUGCAUGAUAUGAAUAAAAAAUAAUGGCUGUUGAUAUAUCUUCCAACGGUAGUAAUAUUUAUAUCCAUUAAAAAAAAAUACUUUGUCAAUGGAAAAAUUAUCCUGCAAGUUCUUACCAAUGAGGAAAUGAAUUUUUAAUUAAUAAGUUGUUAUAAUAUUUAAUUACAAGAAUUUAUUUAUAUUUAUUGAUUAUUGAUAAAUUAAUAUUGUGAUAUUUAAAUUAUAUGAAGACAAUAAAUGUCAAUAUUACAACAUAAUCAUAGUGAAAAAAGAUAAGAAUCGAUAUUGAUUAUUGAUUUUAUAAAUUUUAUUAAAGUUACGAAGCUUUUUUUAAUUCAAAAAUGACAGUGACUUAUACAGCUGAAGUCGCUACAUGUAGAGGCCUAGGAUGCUUUCUUAAACUUUUACUCAGAUGGCGAGCUAGUAUUUACAAACUUGUUUACAUAGAUCUCUUGCUUUUUCUGAUAAUAUAUUAUACGCUAUCAAUAAUUUAUCGAUUCGCACUUAAUGAAGAUGGAAAGAGGAAAUUUGAAUCAGUGGUUGCAUAUUGCAAUGAAUACAGUGAUCUCAUACCAUUGUCAUUUAUACUUGGUUUUUAUGUGAGUAUUGUCAUGACCAGAUGGUGGAAUCAGUAUACAGCAAUUCCGUGGCCUGACUCAAUUGCUGUCUUUGUAUCGGCUACCAUUCACGGUAACGAUGAAAGAGGAAGACUUAUGAGACGUACAAUUGUCAGGUAUGUGUGCGUAUGUCUGACUCUAGUCCUUUCAAAUAUAUCACCGAGAGUUAAAAAACGUUUUCCAACACUUGAUCACUUUGUCGACGCUGGUCUUUUGUUGGAAAACGAGCUCACGAUAUUUCAAAGUUUGAAUAUGAAAUUUCCCAAGCCGAGCAAACACUGGCUUCCGAUAGUAUGGGCUUCGAGUAUCGUGACACGAGCAAGAAAGGAAGGACGUAUUCGUGAUGACUUUGCUGUUAAAACGCUUAUUGAUGAAUUAAAUAAAUUCCGUGGCAAUUGCGGAAGUUUGAUUCAUUAUGAUACUAUUUCAGUGCCGCUUGUUUACACGCAAGUAGUUACAAUUGCCGUUUAUUCGUAUUUUCUAACAACUGUAAUGGGCCGUCAGUGGGUUGAAUCCGCAAAUUCAAAACAGAAGCUGUCAAAUAUUUCAAAUAUUGAUCUCUAUUUUCCAUUUUUCACAACAUUACAAUUUUUUUUCUACAUGGGCUGGCUCAAAGUCGCGGAGACUUUGAUAAAUCCAUUUGGCGAAGACGAUGAUGAUUUCGAGGUCAACUGGAUAGUCGAUAGAAAUCUACAAGUUAGUUAUUUAAUUGUCGAUGAAAUGCAUCAUGACCAUCCGGAACUGAUUCGUGACCAGUAUUGGGACGAAGUAUUUCCUACCGAAUUGCCUUAUACAGCAGCAGCUGAACCGUUCCGUGAGGAACAUCCGGUACCAUCAACCGCUGGUAUUCAACUAUCAGCAGCUCAACAAGAAUUACAACCGUCCUCAGUACGAAUUGAUGAAAUGAACCCACCCUCUGAUUUACCCUACACUAAAUUCCGUACUGAUGUAGCAGAUGAUGCUGUGUCAGGAAUACAUUUUAUGUCUGACGGAAAAAUAUCUAGGAGUGCCAGCAGAGUCAGUUCACGUGACCGUACUUUUAAUGGUGGCGGCUCAACGCCAAGUAAUAUCGGGGGUUCGUUGACUCGAGUCAACAGCGUAACCAGUAUUUUACGGAGAUUAUUUAGUAAAGAAGACAGACCAGACGGUGGAAAUAAAACACCCGGUAGAAUUCCAAAUUCAAGUUCAUCUGCUUCAUUGCAAAAUCGUGUAAGCGGCGCAGGUGCUGGAGGUUCCACGAGAAUUGGAGUCAUUGAAGAAGUCGAUGAACAAAUGACCAUUCAGUCAAUACGUCCCGGAGACCCACGUCCUCAUGUCCAAAGUAUUUUUCCUCAAGGACCACCACCACCUAGUGCUCCUGUUGAUGUUCCGAGUUAUAAAAAUCGUAAUCAUGAUUUAUUGUCAAUUAGCGCACCUGUCGGCGGUGCAAGAGCUCAUUACACUAGACCUCAAGUCUCAGUGAACAAUUCAAUUGGAUCACGAGUAGGAGGUAGUCCUGCUUCAGACAUCCAGAUUGAUAAUCCAGAAGGAAAUCUAGAAGAACAACAGCAGGAUAAUAUAAGUUUACGUUCAUUGUCCUCGUCGCAGGGUAGUCAAAAUUUUUCAAACUCCGACGAUGACUUUACGAGACUUAAAACCGAACGAAUUAAACAGCGUAGAGACAAGGCUAUGAGAAAACUUGUAAAAAGUAUUGGUAGCAGUAGACAAGCAAUUGCAGGCUCAAAUGCUAGAUCUUCUUUAGAACUUGAUGGCGAGACAUUACUACUAACAGAAUUAGCUGAGGCUUCGAAAAUCGCGUUUAGUUCUUCGUCUAGUAAACCCGAAAAUGUCUGAGCUAUUAAGUUUUAUCACAGACAAUCUAUCGUACUAGAUAAAUAGAUAAUUAAUUAAAAUUUUACAACUCUUUAUACGAAAGCAAUUUAGGAAAAUUAUAUUUAUACAUAUUGAAAGCACAAAUAUUUAUUUUUUCAUAGACUUUUUGGAUUGUUAUUAUUUUCUGUUAUUUUUUAGCCGUUUAAUAGAAUAUUUUUUAAAACGAUAACCGGUUAAAUAGUACGCGCAGAAAAACUUAUGUUAUUAAAGCUGUCACUAUUGUUACGUACGUUAUCAGUGGCCUUUUUUUUUUUAAGACACGUAGUAUAAUAGUAAUGAUAAUAUUAAUUAAUUAAUUAUACUUAAUUAAUUUAAAUACGCUGUAAAAAAUUGGGAGUCAAUUAGGAGUGAUAAGAAUUUUAUUUAAAUCCGCAUUCACUCUGAUACGGACAUCACAUUAAAAUAAACUCCCUUCCGGAGUGAAUUCUACUCCGGGUUCAUUUCGCAAUUUUUUUACAGUGUAAUUAUUAUAUAUUUAAUUUUAUAUAUUGGAUAAUUUUUGAAAUUUGUUUAUAAACUUAAAAAUUUUUAAUUUAUCGUAGAAAUAAAUCUCGACUCGUAUUAAUUAAUAGUAAGAAAAAAAAAUUAAUAAAUUGUUAAUUAUUUGGUUAAUAGGAAGAAAAAGUUGAAUGAAUUUAGUAAUUGUCUUCAUGAAUUAUUUUAAGUCUUUCAAAUGUAAUAACAUUCCAAAAGACCGAGAAAUAAGCUGAUGGUGCUUUUCACAACGAUAGUAUUUUAUUACAUAUAUCACUACACUAGUUAUUUUUAUACUAUCUGUUACAUUUGCUAAAAAAUAUUGUUGUACAAACUCACAUCAAUAUAAGGAUAUUUAUACUACUAUUUUAUUGUGCCUAUUUAUAUUUAAAAUAAAGUACACCAGCAAUAGAAGUGAUUUAAACAAAACUAUCUAAGUGUAAAUAUCAAUAGUUAAAUUUUAAAAUUAUUUAUAAAUUUUUAAACUUUUAAAAAAAUUAUUGUUAAUUUUAUUUAUUUGUACUGUCGUCUUAUUAAUGUCUGUUUAUUUUAUAUUUUUAUUUACAUAACAGCUGUCUUUAAAAGAGGAUUUAUAAUUGUCAAUCUCGAUUAAAAUUAUUUGUUUUAAUUUAUAAAUACAUAUUUAUUUCGUUUACCAU